CAGGGAGGCCGCUGUGCUGCAUUCUGGGAAGGACGCUGCUCUGCCUGCCGCACAGCCUCCUGGGAGUUGUAGUCGCGGUCCUGAGGCAACUGUUUACACCAUGGAUAGCACAAAAGAGAAGAAUGACAGCGCAAAGGAAAGGAAUGACAACUACAAAGAUGAUCUUCUGUUUAGGAUGGGACUUAAUGAUAAUAAAGCUGGAAUGGAAGGAUUAGAUAAAGAGAAAAUUAACAAAAUUAUAAUGGAGGCCACAAAGGGGUCUAGAUUUUAUGGAAAUGAGCUCAAGAGAGAAAAGCAAGUCAACCAACGAAUUGAAAAUAUGAUGCAACAAAAAGCUCAGAUUACCAGCCAGCAGCUAAGGAAAGCACAAUUACAGGUUGACAGAUUUGCAAUGGAAUUGGAACAGAGCCGGGAUCUGAGCAAUACCAUAGUGCACAUUGACAUGGAUGCUUUCUAUGCAGCCGUAGAAAUGAGGGACAAUCCAGAACUAAAGGAUAAGCCCAUUGCUGUAGGAUCAAGGAAUAUGUUGUCUACUUCAAAUUACCAUGCAAGGAAGUUUGGUGUUCGUGGAGCCAUGCCAGGAUUUAUUGCUAAGAGACUCUGCCCUCAACUGAUUAUAGUGCCCCCCAAUUUUGACAAAUACCGAGCUGUGAGUAGCGAGGUUAAGGAAAUACUUGCUGAUUAUGAUCCCAAUUUUAUGGCCCUGAGUCUUGAUGAAGCCUACUUGAACAUAACAAAGCACUUAGAGGAAAGGCAAAAUUGGCCUGAGGACAAAAGGAAGUAUUUCAUCAAAACAGGGAACUCUCUAGAAAAUGAUAAACCAGGAAAGGAAGUUAAUAAACUGAGUGAGCAUGAACGAUCCAUCUCUCCACUACUUUUUGAAGAUAGUCCUCCUGACUUGAAGUCCCCAGGAAAUUCUUUUCAAGUGAACUUUGAAGAGCCGAAUAAUCCUCAAAUGACCCAAAACUCAGUUGUUUUUGGAACAUCAGCUGAGGAAGUGGUAAAGGAAAUUCGUUUCAGAAUCGAGCAAAAAACAACACUGACAGCCAGUGCAGGCAUUGCACCAAAUACAAUGUUAGCAAAAGUCUGCAGUGAUAAGAAUAAACCAAAUGGACAAUACCAAAUUCUCCCUAACCGACAGGUUGUGAUGGACUUCAUCAAGGACUUACCCAUUAGAAAGGUUUCUGGAAUAGGAAAAGUUACAGAGAAAAUGUUAAAGGCUCUUGGAAUUAUUACGUGUACAGAUCUCUACCAACAGAGGGCAUUACUUUCUCUCCUUUUCUCUGAAACAUCUUGGCAUUAUUUCCUUCAUAUUUCCCUGGGUCUAGGUUCAACAUGCUUGCCCAGGGAUGGAGAGAGGAAAAGCAUGAGUGUUGAGAGGACAUUCAGUGAGAUAAAUAAAGCAGAAGAGCAGUACAGCUUGUGCCAAGAACUUUGCAGUGAACUUGCUCAAGAUCUGCAGAAAGAAGGACUUAAGGGUAGAACUGUUACCCUUAAGCUGAAGAAUGUGGAUUUCGAAGUAAAAACUCGUGCAUCUACAGUUUUAUCUGUUAUUUCUACUGCAGAAGAAAUAUUUGCCAUUGCUAAAGAAUUGCUAAGAACGGAAAUUGAUGCUGAUUUUCCACAUCCCUUGAGAUUAAGACUUAUGGGUGUGCGGCUAUCUAGUUUUCCUAAUGAAGAAGAGAAGAAACACCAACAGAGAAGCAUUAUUGGCUUCUUACAGCCUGGAAACCAAACCCUGUCAGCCACUGGGUGUAUGCUAGAGAAAACUGACAAAGAUCAGUUUCCAAAACCUCUGGAAAUGUCUCAUAAGAAGAGUUUCUUUGAUAAAAAACGAUCUGAAAGGAAAUUGAGCCACCAAGACACAUUUAAAAGUGAAACUGUAGACAGACAAAGUUUACCGACAUCACAAUCAUUCCAAGUUUUAAAGAAGAAGAUGAGUGAGAAUUUAGAAACAUUGGAGAAUUCAAAUAAUGGUCAGAUAUUUACCUGUCCUGUUUGCUUUAGGGAGCAAGGAAGCAUUGGUCUGGAAGCCUUUAAUAAACACGUAGAUGCAUGUCUUGAUGGGCCUUCAGUGAGUGGAAACUCUAAAAUGUUCUCGUGUUCACAUGCUUCCUCUACAGAAGCGAAUCAGAAAGAACAUGUACAUGAUUCUAUUUCACUCUUUGAGAAGCAGGAUUACAGAACCCAUCAGAAGAAUACAGAGAUCACUUCAGUAGAUUCUGUGGCACUGGUAGAGACUGUCAGUAACCCAUCUAAUGCAGAGGGUGUAGAUGCUUCAAGUAAUAAACACAGUGAAGAAGAAUGUUCUAAUCUUCCAAGCAAAUCAUUUCAUAUGGAACAUCAUCCUCAGAAUCCUUGUACUGUUGCACUGGAAAAUGAAGAUGUUGGGUCAUUAGGAAGGCAGGAACCCCCCCAACCUUAUUUAUAUGAAGUGACCAGUGACCAAGUUCUAGUUUGUCCGGUUUGUAAUCUAGAACAGAAGACUUCAGAUCUUACCUUGUUCAAUGUGCAUGUGGAUGUUUGCUUAAACAAAGGCAUUAUCCAGGAACUGAGAAAGGAUAAAGUUAGUCCAGUUAACAGACCCAAAGAUAGCACCAAAACUACUGAUAACCCGGGCAAAGUACAGAAGAUUGGAACAAAAACUAAAAGGCCAGGAUUGAUGACAAAGUACUCGGCAUCAAAGAAAACAAAAUCAAACAAUCCCAGACAUACCAUUGACAUAUUUUUUAAAUGAAUGUUGAACAUUUUAUCUUUAACCUUUGAGUGAAACUUGUUACUUUAUAAUCAAUGAAUGUAUUCUUGGUUAUUUCAAGUUUACAUGUUCAUUUAGUGAAAGGCAAGUGCAAUAAUCCCUCCCUAAAUGACAUUUUUUAUAGGAAUUUGAAAUAUACUAAUUUACUUCUGUAUAUUUUUUUAAUGACCAUGAGAAUUUCACUUCCAUUAUCCUUCAAUUGGAAAUCAUUCCUGUUGGAGAUAAUUUUUAAAUGAGAAAUUAGUAAUGGGAUCAGAAAUUGAUUUAUUGCCUCAUGAUAUUUUAUAGUGAAUAUAAAAAUAUAUGUUUAGGAGUUCUCGUCAUGGCUCAGUGGAAAAUGAAUCUGACUAGCAUCCAUGAGGACACAGGUUCGAUCCCUGGCCUCACUCAAUGGGUUAAGGAUCUGAUGUUGCCAUGAGCUGUGAUGUAGGUCACAAGAUGCAGCUCGGAUCCGGCGUUAUAAGGGCUCUCAGAGGUUCAGACAAACCUAUUUUAGCACAUGAAUUUUUCAGCACUUAACAACUUUGUUGGCACUGGACUGCUAUGUUUGAUCUUAGUAUCUUCUACAAUUUUUGUUUAACUAUAUUUUAGCUCCUAGUAUCUUCAGAUACCUCAUGAGCAUUCAUAAUUAAUUUUUAUCAUAAAUUCUAUGAAGAGUAUUAGCUUAGCAGAACUAGUAUGAGAGGUUUUGUUACCUUCAGGAAAAUAGCAUCACAGUAUUAUUUUCUGUUAAAAGAAUUUUUUUAAAAAAUAUGAUUACUCAUUUGAUUUUUUUAAAUUAAAACUUCUUUAAUAAGUAAGCACUUGGUUCACUUUAAAAAAUAUUUAGUCUAAGAUUCAAGAUAAUUAUUUUCUUUU